GACACAGGCGGCAAAUAGUAUAACGGUGGUAGUGCCUGAAAGAUGGCGGUGUCUAGUCGCGUGCGAUUCCUAAUUCUCUUCAUUUUUGGAAUAUUCAUCGCAAAGGGUUGCAAUGCGGCUGCGACGGAUAUCGAAUUAGAUGCUAAAGCUCAAUUAUUACACAGAUUGGACAGUCUUAAUCUUCUGCUCUACACAUUUCUAUUGAUUCUAACGGUUCUGACUAUCUGGACCUUUAAGCAUCGUCGGCUACGCUUCCUCCAUGAAACUGGUCUCGCUGUCAUUUACGGACUUAUUGUGGGUGCAAUUAUUCGAUAUGGGUUUACAACAAACAGUGCCAUUCAGCACAUGCCUGUGGUGCCAGAUAAUAGCAGCAAAUAUAAUCAGUCAGUACCACCGGAUACUCUGUGGCUUAGAUUUCCUGAAGAUAAGGGUGGCGGUGUUAUAAAGAAUAAAACAUUUGCCUAUACUUUUCGUGGAGAAAUUUACAAGCAGGACAACGAAAUAGACCUCAAGGCUACCUUCGAUCCUGAGAUAUUCUUUAAUAUCAUUUUACCACCUAUUAUCUUUCAUGCUGGUUACAGCCUCAAGAGGAAAUACUUCUUCAGAAACCUGGGCGCCAUUCUUAUGUUUGCUUUACUGGGAACGACCAUAUCGUCUUUUGUUAUUGGUGUUUUGAUGUAUGCUUUUAUACAACUGAUUCCGCACUUAGCGAGCUCCUUCACUUUCCUGGAUACGCUGUAUUUCGGUGCCCUGAUAUCGCCCACCGACCCCCUCACCAUUAUUUCUAUCUUCAACGAUCUACACGUAGACGUCAACCUCUACGCCCUGGUUUUUGGCGAGAGUGUACUCAACGACGCCGUCGCCAUUGUUCUUAGCGGGUCUAUACAGAACUAUGGAGAACGUUAUCAAUCCGGUUCCGGUGGCUUUGAGACUGUGGCCUUCUUUCAGGCACUUGGUGAUUUCGUAGGCAUAUUUAGUUUGUCACUAUUUAUAGGCGCGACAAUGGGAUGUAUUACAGCAUUCUUGACAAAGUUCACAAGGGUCCGUGACUUCCCGCUCUUAGAAUCCGCUCUUUUUGUACUGAUGUCCUACAGUACAUUUCUCAUAGCCGAGGCAUCGGAUCUCACUGGUGUGGUGGCUGUGCUAUUCUGUGGUAUAUGCCAGGCGCAUUACACGUACAAUAAUCUGAGUACGGAUUCGAGGCACAGGACGAAGCAGCUUUUUGAGCUGCUGAACUUCCUCGCUGAGAACUUCAUAUUCAGCUACAUAGGUGUGUCCAUGUUCACCUUCCCCAAGCAUCACUUCGAUCCGGGCUUCAUAUUCGCCGGUUUCUUUUGCGCACUGGUUGGUCGGGCUGCAAACGUCUACCCACUCUCCUUCCUAUUAAACUUAGGAAGAAAACCUAAGAUCCCAAUCAACUAUCAACACAUGCUCUUCUGUGCUGGUCUACGUGGAGCCAUGAGUUUCGCUUUAGCAAUUAGGAAUACCGUAUCCGACGCCAGGCAAGCUAUGCUCACUACCACGAGUCUUAUUGUCAUCCUGACUGUGAUAUUCCAAGGUGGCGGUACCACGCAGUUCCUCAGUUGGUUUGAUAUUCCGGUGGGCGUUGACGAAGAGGUCGAAGGGUUAUCCUACAAUGGCGUGCGAAGCCCUUACGAUUCGGUGGAUUCCGCCGGGUCCGGUGGCGAAGGUGGCUUUGGUGAUCUGGACGUGCAUCGGGAAAGAACUCCCCCGUAUAAUUCUAUGCAGGAUGGUUCGUUGCCUGGUGGUUCCGGUACUAAAGGCAACGAGAAAGCUCUCCUAGCGAGGAUCUGGGGUGACUUUGAUACGAAAUACAUGAAACCAUUGUUGACACAUUCGCGGCCAACCUUGCUGGAAACAUUGCCAGUAUGUUGUGGUCCACUUGCCAGGAUCCUGACUACCACCCAGCAGAUGACUCAGGACGACGUGACACGGCACGUGGACUCUGAUUCGGAUCUUCACGUCGAGAUUCGCGAGAUGGAGCGAAGGAGAACCAGUAUUCAACCGGAUCCGAGUGCGCCGCAGAUUCUCAACUUCAUGUGAGAAAACGAAUGUUAUCUGCCCAUCAGUUCUGCUCCGUUUUGCCAUUGCAAAGUAUAACGGACACUAGGUUCUGUGACUUGUGACAAUUUCGAUUACUUUGGAGUACUGUGAGUGCGAGUGCGAGAGAACGAGUAUACGUGAACAUCUAUCAGUAAUCACUAAUUAGUUAUUCUUAUACUAUCGCCAACUGUAUAUCAGUUGCUACACCUUUGGCUGGAAUGGCUUGCGGCUAUUACUAUACUUAUAAUUACCAUACACAAUCUAGUCGUGUUCUAAUUUCAUGGGAAUGGAUCAAACAAUUGUUCGUUUCUACAUUUUAUUAUUUUUCAAAGGUUACCCUUUGUUUUUUUUGUUCUUCGUACUAUUGCGUUGAAGCAACGUAGAUAUUACAAUUGUUUGUCACUGCAAGGAUCCUUCUUAGCCAAUGACGUCAUGCCUCUGAUCUGGCUAGCUCAUUUUAUUUAACUCUCAGCAUGCGCUACAACCGUACGUACUAUAUACUGUACUGUCUAUUGUUAUUAUUAGAUUGAUAGAUAUAUUACGUAAUCACGCUCUUAUAAUCACUGACGCCCACUCGGUAUCCUGUACUAUCAUUUCCAUGCACCUAACGAACAUUUUAGUGUUUCUCUUGUGUUCUUAUUUAGUUUCUGUGUAGUCUUUAGUUUCUGAUUUUCUUUGAGCAUUCUUUGCUUUCACUUCUGCUUGAUUGACUCACGUCACGUAAUUACUUUUUCAUUUGAUUCGUUCGCAGAGCAAUGUCAGGAGCCCUGUUAACAGAGUCCAUAUAUGAGCAUCCGAUAUCUUAUGCCAGCUCCAGACUUGAAAACCAAAAACAAUAUGCAAAAACCUUUCAAAAUCUCCCGCCGUCUCACGUAUGGUCAUCAAUGCCCUUUGACCUUCUGGCUCACCGAAGUGACCUCCAGCAACCUGCUGCUCCUACACUCGACGUCGUCUUACAUAGAGAUUUUUGUAUGCUACUGCCUUCACUACUUGCAAUAUGAUAUUGUAAUUUUAUAAUCUCUAUAAUGGAGGUCCCUUCGGUUAUUGAUACCCUCUUUUUUUUUUUUUAAAUGUCUUGAUACAAUUCUUUUUAUUUUUUUUUUUAUUUAUCACGCCUUGCGUUUAUAUAACGCAUUCCAGAUAUGUAAUAUAUAUAUACACGCAGUACGCGUUUGUUGUCCGUUAUUGGUUUUUCGAAUUUUAGUAUUUUAAUUGUAAGUUACUUGUUCACCUUGGCAUACUUGUGCACACUGUUGCAUAUAUUGGGAGACGAAUCCCAGUAUUUUUUAGGAUUAGCAAGGUAGCUUAUUAUCAUUGUGGCAAAGUAGUUACGGAUUCUUUAGAUAUCUUUUAAUUGUGAUCCCAUGAGAAUUCUUCAGAGGCGUUCAAGCGACAUGAGAUUGGUCCAUGUUCUUUUCUUUUCCUUUGCUAUGGGAUAGAAUUAUAGAGACCUUGUCAAAGUCACAUGGCUCAGAGUGCUUCAAAAGAAAGCGAAGCUUAAUGUAUGAUCAUUUUUUUUUACAAAGGGCCGUUGCAUCCUUUGACGUGGAAAAAUCUUGGAGGGAAAAGUAUUAUGUGAAUUAUAAUUAUUAUACAUAUAUAAUUAUAUAUCUAUGUAUAAUUAAUCACUGAUAUAAAAAUAAUAUCGACUGUUAUUGGCUCAGAACUUGAAGAACUGAUAGUUUACUAGCUUUAACUCGUGCCGUAAACCCCUUGAGGUCACCGUGUUGAAUCUCAUUUUUUUCCUUGUAAGUUUUUUGACUGAGCUCUGCCGGAAAUAUUUUCUUGGUCUCGGAUACGUUGAGAAAGAUUGUGUCACGUCAAGUGAUGUAGUUGCCCCACUUCUGGAACAAGAGAGAAUGACAAUUAAUGUAGAGAUUAAAAAAAGAUAUAAAGAAGCAUGGAAAUAAAGGAAAAUGUAAUUUCUUGAAAUUUUUUAAUACUUUGUGGGGCAGCUGGGAACAGUCAUGGGAGAAGUUAGUCCAGGACCGCUGCCGCUGCACACACGCGUCGCUCUGCCAGGUUUGAUUGGUAGACAUUUAUAAUUGGAAUUAUGGAUUUAUAAUAGGGGGACUCUACAUAUACAUAUAGAGCGUACCUAUUAGAAGAAUUAAUCUGAUCUGGGUAAUAAUGUAAGUAAUGCGAGACACGAGCGUUCAGUCAUUUUAUCACUGUAAUCGUAUAAGCGGUGAUAGGAUUUUUCUUUAUCUCUUGUUUUUCUUAAUUACUUCUCCAAAAGAUUGCAUAUGCUUAGAAAUUAAAGAGCUCACAUAAACUUCAACUUCUUCAACAUAUUGAAUUUCUAUAAGCUGUCUGCGUUAUCUUGUUCAAUCCUUUGAUUCAAUACUGUCCUUGUCUAAUCCUUGGCGUUGUUGUGUAAUGAACGUCAUGGCGAAAGUAUGUAAACGCUUUAUACGAUACAGUAUGGAUGGCUGAUCAUUAAAAAUUACUGUGUGGAUGUCUGAGAGGCCCUCGUUGUUCGAUUAUUCGUUACUUUCUGUCACCAUCUUUUACGAGGACCAAAAUUGUAAGACUAAGAAGUUCAUUGCUUUGUCCUUUGUCGCAGGAUUGAUAAUCAAUGAUAUUAGAGAAGUCAAGUGUUGAGCAACGAAUAGCAGGUAUCUUAAAGAGAGGAUGAUAAUCAUAAUUAAAACAUAAAGGUUGGCAAAUAAUUACAAGGAAGGAUGGCGUGCCAAUGCAAUUUUGUAGCUUUAUGGUAGAUGUGGUGUUUUCAUUUAUCUAUCUUGCCAAUUUCUUGGGAUACGUCGAGAUCAUUGGCUGUACGAAUCGCAUAAGUACGCAUUAAGUGGUAAAGGAUAUAGCACGAUUCAAAAGACGCAUUUCAAUCCCAGGAGAUACCUUGAGAGAGGAGAAUGGAACAGUGUUGGAGAGGACUUCUUUUAGUCACAGGUCUUAUAUAUAUAUUAUGUAUAUUUUAAUUGGGACGUUAUGCAGGGCUUAUCUGUAGAUGAAGGAAAUAACGAAGCGUUAUGUACCUUGUUCUAGGAUAAAUUGUAAGUUAUUUUUUAAUUCAUAAUAGUAGCGUGCAAAGGACUGAUUGCGGUUGGUUCCUUGUUUGCUUUUUUGCUCUCGUACUUUCUUUUAGUACACUUACCAAUACACUGAUUAAUAUUUAUUACUGUACUGUAAUCGUGAACUAACGAUAACGUUGUGAUACCCUGUACUAUUCGAUGCAGUGUUUAAUAAAAAAUCUUUGUAAAUGAUA